AUGCACGACACCCAAGACUUGCACGAUUGGCUGCUUCGCUCCCUGCUGGUCGUCCACCAUGGCUACGAGAUCACCACGGCAGGGGGCUCUUUUCAGCUGGCGUUUCACGGCAUUGGGGACGCCCUGGCGUACUGUUUGGACGUGCAAACCCAAUUGUUGCUGCUUCCGUUGGCCCCCUUAUCAACGGAGUCGUCGAUAAAGGGGCAGCGGCAGCGUCUCAAGAAAGCCCCAUAUUUGUUCCACGGGAUUCGUGUGCGUAUGGGUAUUCAUGCUUCUGAAGCCAUUGAAGACCAGGUUAGCGGCCAAAUCUACAAGAAAACCCAUCCCGUCACCCAUCGCAUCAGCUACGUGGGCCUGCCGGAACUCAUCGGCGGGGAAGUGAGCGACUUAGGUCACGACGGGCAGAUCGUCAUAACUUCUCCCGUCGCCAAGUGGCUAGAGCUGCCCAGGAAACCCACUCAAAUGAUGCCAGCAUAUCUUGAGAGUUAA